CCUAAAAAAAGUCAGGCCAGAGAUGCAGCUUUAUCUAUGAUCUCAUUUUAUACAUCUCUCUUCUUGCUUCCCUUUCAUAGUAAUGAUUCCACUGAUCCUUCUUCUCUUCCCCUUUCUCUUUUUCCUUCUGCAUCAAUAACCCCAUAAACACUUUUUCCAAGAAAUCCCAUAAAGCAAAUAAUCAAAAUUUUAUUUUAUUUUAUUUUUUCUUUCUGUUUAUGUGUUAAAAAAUUAGUGUUUUCAGUAUUAGUACAGAAAGUUGUGUUGUUUCAGAUCCCAAUAUAUGAUCUUAUUAUAAGUGUGUGUAUAUUAUCAAGAAAUAGUACACAAAAGAUUCUCUUCUUCUGUGUGUAUUAUUUGUGGUCCUGGUGUACUGAAACCCAAAAAAAUAAAAAUAAUUUUUUUUUUUUGCAUAACCUAUGUUGUAAACAAAAGGAUCUUGUAUUAAGAAAAAAAUGCAAGAACAAGGAGUAGGGAUAAUGGGUUCUACUAGUCAUCAUCAUGAUAUUUCAUCUAUGAUGAUUUCUGAUGAUAUUAACCAUUCGACACAGCUGAAGGGUGAAAUUGCUACACAUCCUUUAUACGAACAGCUACUUUCAGCACACGUAGCAUGUCUUCGUGUUGCUACUCCUAUUGAUCAGUUGCCAUUAAUAGAUGCUCAGCUUUCACAAUCGGGAUCUCUUUUAAGAUCUUAUGUUUCGUCUCAACAGCACCAGCACCAGCAGCUUCCGCCUCAUGAGAGGCAGGAGCUGGAUAAUUUCUUGGCACAGUACUUGUUAGUUUUGUGUUCCUUUAAAGAACAGCUUCAGCAGCAUGUCAGAGUUCAUGCUGUUGAAGCUGUUAUGGCCUGCCGUGAAAUUGAACAAAAUUUACAAGUUCUUACAGGAGCAACACUUGGUGAGGGAACAGGUGCUACAAUGUCUGAUGAUGAAGAUGAGCUACAGAUGGAUUUUUCAUUAGACCAAUCUGGAGGUGAUGCACAUGACUUGAUGGGCAUGGGAUUUGGUCUUCCUACUGAAUCUGAAAGGUCUCUUAUGGAGAGAGUCAGACAGGAACUCAAAAUUGAGCUCAAACAGGGAUUUAGAUCAAGAAUUGAAGAUGUGAGGGAAGAGAUACUGAGAAAGAGAAGGGCAGGGAAGUUACCUGGUGACACCACUACUGUUUUAAAGAAUUGGUGGCAGCAGCACUCUAAAUGGCCCUAUCCUACUGAGGAUGAUAAGGCAAAACUUGUGGAGGAAACAGGUUUACAGCUGAAGCAAAUCAACAACUGGUUCAUCAAUCAACGAAAGCGCAAUUGGCAUAGCAACUCACAGUCUGUGACAUCUCUAAAGUCCAAGCGUAAGAGGUAGAGAAAAAAACUACGAAAUCAAGAACAUGUAUAGGUUGAUGGUAUUAUGAAUAUAAACAGCUUUUGCAGCAGAAUUCUGAACUGUCAAUUGUGGUCUAAGACAUUGGAAAAAUCUUAGGUAAGUCGCGUAGAUUAGGACCGGGUUGUAAUAUAUGGUACUCAGAAUUGGUAUACAUGUAUGGUAGUAGACUUGUGUUUUAGUAUACAACUAACAGUACUUUUGAGCUAUGGAAUAUUGACACUGUUUCUUGUAAUGGUGAUAAUUGUUUAGUGUUCUAAA